AUGAAAAAUGAGUGUGUGCGCUUCUUGUGGAGAUAAUAAAUAAGACGAAAUUGGAGGCUUUCGAUUGAAAUCACUUGGACUGCAACGAACUCCAGUGGUUUGUUCCCUACCAAUAUCAUCAGAAAAGAGGGAGAAAAUGGGGGAUCUCUAUGCUUUGGACUUCGAUGGAGUUCUCUGUGAUAGCUGCGGAGAGAGCUCCAUUUCCGCUGUUAAGGCGGCGAAAGUGAGAUGGCCUGAAUUGUUUGCUACCGUGGAUUCGGCAAUGGAAGAUUGGAUUGUUGAUCAGAUGCACAUAGUACGGCCUGUUGUGGAAACUGGAUACGAGAACUUGUUACUUGUGAGAUUGCUUCUGGAGAUGAAGAUCCCUUCAUUGUGCAAGUCAUCGGUGGCAGAAGGACUCACCAUUGAAGGAAUAUUGGAAAACUGGUCAAAGAUAAAGCCAGUAAUAAUGGAAGAAUGGAGUGAAAACAGAGAUGCCCUUGUAGAUCUCUUCGGAAAGGUUAGGGAUGAAUGGAUGGAGAAGGACUUGGCUACCUGGGUUGGAGCAAACAGGUUUUAUCCUGGUGUUCCUGAUGCAUUGAAGUUUGCAAGUUCAGACGUCUAUAUAGUUACCACAAAACAAGGUCGUUUCGCUGAUGCCUUACUUCGAGAACUUGCUGGAGUCACCAUACCACCUGAAAGAAUCUAUGGUCUUGGAACCGGUCCUAAAGUCGAAGUGCUGAAGAUGCUACAAAAGAAACCCGAACACCAAGGCCUCACCCUACAUUUUGUGGAAGAUCGACUCGCAACACUGAAAAAUGUUAUCAAAGAACCCGAGUUAAACGGAUGGAACUUGUAUCUAGGUGACUGGGGGUACAACACUCAAAAAGAAAGAGAGGAAGCUGCAACUUAUUCCAGAAUUCAGAUCCUUCAGCUGUCUGAUUUCAGCAAGAAGUUAAAAUAAAGGUAUCUUAAUUUCCAACACCAUUUAUUUCUUUUAUAUUCUUGAUGCAAAAUUGCAAAUGGAAGCCAUAGAUGAUAUCAUCUUCCAAAAACUCUAAUUCAUAUCAAUUAAACCUCCUUUCUCCAA